AUGUAAAUUAUAUUCUUAAUUAUCUGCAUUGUUACAUAUGCCAAUUGCAAAUUAAAAGUAAUUAGACCUGCAGAAUUAGUGGAUCGUAUGGGAUCAAAAGUAAACAUGGCACUCGCUAAUUUUGGGUUUUAAGUGAUUUUUAUCAAAUUAGAUAAAUUCCAUUUGGACAUAGAUUAAUGGGCUAUGUUGAGAUGGCUGAUCCUUAUGAUGGAUGCAGUGCUCUUAAACCUAGUUAUGGAAGUCAAUUUGUUCUAAUAGAGAGAGGAAACUGUACUUUUGUGACUAAGGUGAAGAAUGCACAGAAUGCUGGAUAUAUGUUAGCUAUUAUAGGGAAUCAUAAUGAUGAGCCAUUAGAAUCUGAUUUUGUUAUGGCAGAUGAUGGUCAUGGAUACUCAGUAAAUAAUUUAAAGAAAUGUUAUAGGUUAAUAUUCCAUCAAUAUUUAUUACAUUAAGAGAUUUUAAUAUAAUGAAAGAGUAUGCUACUAGAAAAUUUUAUAGUGAAAAUUAAGAUGAUUAGGUUUUUAUUUUAGUUAAAUUUGAUGUUGAAAAGAGGGAUUAAAUUGAUGUAGUGUUGAGUUUGGAUGUAAAGGAUGGAGAUUCAUAUAGAGUAAUUGAUGAAUUCUCUUAAUUUUAUAAAAUAUUAAAAAAUGAGAAUGUNAAUCUGAAUUCCACUCCAAUAGUAGAUAAAUAUGAAUCAGUAAAUUUAUCAUCAGAGUAACGUCGUAACAAUGAAGACUUACCCACUCCUGCAUUCCCAACUAUCACUAACUUAAAAAAAUAGUCGUAUUCUUUGAUCAUUUGA